GUGAUCAGGGGCUGUGGGCUGGGCCGUGAGCGAUGAGCAGCUGCAGGCAGAGUGACCAGCAACGAGCGGUUGCGGACAGAGCGAGGAGCGGGGUGGUGAGCCACGAGCGGCGGCGGGCAGGGUGGCGAGCGACAAGCGGCUGCAGGCAGGACGGUGAGCGACGAGUGAAUGGCAGCAGGCGGAGCAAUGAGCGGCGGCGGCGGGCGGAGCGACGAGUGAUCAGGGGCUGUGGGCUGGGCCGUGAGCGAUGAGCAGCUGCAGGCAGAGUGACCAGCAACGAGCGGUUGCGGACAGAGCGAGGAGCGGGGUGGUGAGCCACGAGCGGCGGCGGGCAGGGUGGCGAGCGACAAGCGGCUGCAGGCAGGACGGUGAGCGACGAGUGAAUGGCAGCAGGCGGAGCAAUGAGCGGCGGCGGCGGGCGGAGCGACGAGUGAUCAGGGGCUGUGGGCUGGGCCGUGAGCGAUGAGCAGCUGCGGGCAGGGUGGCGAGCGACAAGCGGCUGCAGGCAGGACGGUGAGCGACGAUGUUGGGAUGAGAGUCGGAGCUGAAUACCAAGCCCGGAUCCCUGAAUUUGAUCCAGGUGCUACAAAGUACACAGAUAAAGACAAUGGAGGAAUGCUUGUAUGGUCUCCAUAUCACAGUAUACCAGAUGCCAAAUUGGAUGAAUAUAUUGCCAUUGCAAAGGAGAAACAUGGCUACAAUGUGGAACAGGCACUUGGCAUGUUGUUCUGGCAUAAACAUAACAUUGAGAAGUCCCUUGCUGAUCUCCCUAAUUUUACUCCCUUUCCGGAUGAGUGGACAGUGGAAGAUAAAGUCCUAUUUGAACAAGCCUUUAGUUUUCAUGGGAAGAGCUUUCACAGGAUUCAACAAAUGCUUCCAGAUAAGACCAUUGCUAGUCUUGUAAAAUAUUACUAUUCCUGGAAAAAAACUCGAUCUAGGACAAGCUUGAUGGAUCGCCAGGCUCGGAAACUAGCUAAUAGACAUAAUCAGGGUGACAGUGAUGAUGAUGUGGAAGAAACACAUCCAAUGGAUGGAAACGAUAGUGAUUAUGAUCCCAAAAAAGAAGCCAAAAAAGAGGGUAAUACCGAACAACCUGUCCAAACUAGCAAGAUUGGACUUGGAAGGAGAGAGUAUCAGAGUUUACAACACCGCCAUCAUUCUCAGCGUUCUAAGUGCCGUCCACCUAAGGGCAUGUAUUUAACCCAGGAAGAUGUGGUAGCUGUUUCCUGUAGUCCCAAUGCAGCCAACACUAUCCUCAGGCAACUGGACAUGGAGUUGAUUUCUUUAAAACGCCAGGUUCAGAAUGCUAAGCAAGUAAACAGUGCACUUAAACAGAAAAUGGAAGGAGGAAUUGAAGAAUUCAAACCUCCUGAGUCAAAUCAGAAAAUUAAUGCCCGUUGGACCACAGAGGAGCAGCUUCUAGCAGUGCAAGGUGUCCGCAAAUAUGGUAAAGAUUUUCAAGCUAUUGCAGAUGUAAUUGGCAACAAGACUGUUGGCCAAGUGAAGAACUUCUUUGUAAACUACAGGCGUCGGUUUAACUUAGAGGAGGUAUUGCAGGAGUGGGAAGCAGAACAAGGAACCCAGGCUUCUAAUGGUGAUGCUUCUACUUUAGGGGAGGAGACAAAAAGUGCUUCUAAUGUGCCAUCAGGGAAGAGCACUGAUGAAGAAGAGGAGGCACAGACCCCACAGGCUCCUCGGACUCUGGGUCCAUCACCUCCUGCCCCACCAUCCACUCCAACACCAACAGCCCCCAUUGCCACUCUGAACCAGCCUCCACCACUUCUUCGUCCAACACUGCCUGCUGCCCCUGCUCUUCACCGGCAGCCUCCUCCGCUCCAGCAGCAGGCUCGGUUCAUCCAGCCUCGGCCAACUCUAAAUCAGCCUCCACCACCUCUCAUUCGCCCUGCUAACUCUAUGCCACCCCGUCUAAACCCAAGACCAGUGUUGUCCACAGUUGGUGGUCAGCAGCCACCAUCACUUAUUGGAAUUCAGACAGACUCACAGUCCUCACUGCACUAAAAUUAAGUUGGACAGAGCUGCAGUAACUUUUCCCACACCAUAUACCAAUGCUCAUCUGACCAGCAAGAACGAGGAAAGACUAAUCCUUCCUAGAUACUGAGGCUGGAACUGAGGCAGUGGGCUAGCGUAGUGGAUGUCUAAGAAAUUUUUUAGUUCACACAACUGAGAUGUUGUAUAAGAAGAAGCCUACAGUUAGGCUCCUUUCUAGAGUAUAUGUUCAGCAACAUGCUCUCAUAAAAGGAAAAAAAAAAGAUUAAGUAUUCUAUAUACCAAGGGGUUUUUGUUUUUACUGUAUUUAUUUUAUUGAGAUUUCUUUAUAUUCCUGCCUCUUCAUAGUCAAGGCUCUUAGUACAAGAAUAUUGACUUAGGAAUUGUGAAAACUCCUUAAGUUUCUCAAGAUAAGGAUGUUUGACCUUUUUUUUUCUUUAAUUUAAUUUUAACAUUUUCCUAUGUUAGGAGUGUAAGAAUAAGUAGCCUGCAUUUCAUAUUUUGGCAUCUGUUCAUUUAAUGCAUAUUUAAGAAAUUAUAGCCGCAUAUCCCUUUUUUAAAAAAAAAAUCUUGCUUUCUUUUCUAAAGGAAUAUUAAUAUGUUCCUUUCAAAGAAAGCAAUUUAAUCAAUUGCAAAGCAAUUAUAUGAAACCAGAAAGAAUGUACUGAACCUACUAACCAUUUAAAAUGAGCUUAGGGUCCUAGUGCAAAGUCCUUGCUUAAAGGUCAUUGACCUGUCAUCUAUCAGUAAGAAGAGGAUCAGAGUAAUAAUACAUACGAAUGAGGAGUUAAUUUGUUAAAGGACAAUGUCUUUAAGUUCCUUGAAAAUGAAGUUAAUUUUGAUUUUUUUUUAAUGUUUCUAAAUGCUGUCUGCUUUUAACUAGUAGUUGCCUACAUCUAAGGAUGUUAGAAGCGAAUUAUAUUUUGUCAGUUAUGUGGAGAUAGUGGUAAUGGAAGCAUUUAUUACAAUACCCUUUUUGUGUUUAGGUUCUGAACUUAAAACUGCCCUCAUACUUAAUAUGGUCUACAUUUAAUAUAAAUGAUGGUUUCUUGAUAAAUCUCUAUUGUACUAUUUGGAUACAUUUGUGUAUUUCUUGCAGCCAACGUGUAUGACUGGGUUUGGUUUAGGAUUAAAUCAUCAACAUUAUUUUAUAAAAUAAAUUUAAGGAUUUCUUCUGUGUUAUCUAAAGAUAUA